AUGAUACGGAGCGAUUCUUCGUUCAGUCUGCAUGAGAAGCCGGAACACCCGCGGAAAAAUUCCAAUUGGUUGUCGCUUAUUACCUUCUGGUACGCGAUUUCUAUUUUUAGGAAAGGGAAUAAGAAGGAUUUCGACGAAGGGGAUCUGACGAAGCCGUUAGACCAACACAAGUCGUCCAUCCUGGGCGAUAAAUUAACGAAGCUUUGGGGCCUGGAAGUGCAAAGGGCGAAAGAGCACCACGAGAUUCCCAACUUGACCAAAGUCCUAGUUAGGAUGUUUCUGAGAGAUAUACUGUUGCAAGGAACGGCCCUGUUUGUCAUGGAGGUGCCAGUCAGGUUGAGUCAGCCCAUUUUUCUGGGCCUCCUUCUGCGGUAUUUCAACCCCGAGAAUGAAAAAAGCGUAGAGGUACCAGACUCUCCCACCUACAUGAUGCGCAUUUUCAAGUACUGGAGGCACGACCAGAGCCCCAUCCAGCUGGGCGAGGCGUAUUUUUUCGCCUCGGGGAUUAUUUUUUGCAGUUUGGUGAACGUCGCCAUGAUUCAUCCCUGCAUGAUGGCCGUGAUGCACAUAGGCAUGAAAAUGAGGGUGGCUUGUUGCUCCCUCAUCUACCGAAAAACGCUGAGGCUUGACUUGGUCUCGCUGGCCGGGCCUACAGUCGGAAACGUGGUCAAUUUGAUGUCAAACGACGUCAAUCGAUUCGAUCUCUCGGUACUGUACUUCCACUAUUUGUGGAUCGCCCCCUUGCAGAUGAUUUUCUUCCUCUUGAUAAUGUACAAAGAGAUCGAAGUCGCAGCAGUUGUGGGCAUUUCAGCGAUUUUGUGUGUGAUACCACUACAAGGUUUAAAAUUUUCGGGAAAAUCAAAUUGCCAAAUAAUUUUUUUAGCGUGGUUUGGAAACCGCACAUCAAGGUUUCGCCUCAAAACGGGCGCUCGAACGGACGAACGGGUCCGACAAAUGAACGAAAUCAUCCAAGGCAUGCAAGUCAUAAAAAUGUACACUUGGGAGUACGCCUUCGCCCAACAAAUUCACGAAUUGCGAAGUCUUGAGAUACAAGUUUUGAAACAAACUUCCUACAUCCGGGGGGCGAUUUUAUCGUUCAUAAUGUUUACGACCCGCUUGGCUGUUUUUUUAACAGUAGUUGCGAUAGUGUUACGCAAACGCACGAUCACGGCCGAGCGCGUCUUCGUCAUAGCUUCGUUUUACCAAAUUCUGCGCCAAACAAUGACCCUGUUCUUCCCCUACGCCAUCGCACAAAUCGCCGAAACAAACGUUGCCAUAACCAGGAUCAAAAAAUUCCUACUAAAUGAUGAGACAAAAGUUGGCGCGAUCACAACCAAUCACAAAUUGCGCAAAACUUCUAGUGACAGUGGGGAUUCCCCGAAGGUGUCCUUGACCCACGUUUCGGCCAAAAUCGAGGACGAGGUGUGUCUCCACAACGUCUCCUUGACCAUUGAAGGAAGCCAAUUAACUGCGGUUAUUGGCAAAGUUGGGUCGGGUAAAAGCUCGCUCCUGAAUGCGAUUUUAGGGGAAUUGGAGCCGUGUCUCGGAAAGGUCCAAGUGAAAGGGUCGGUGUCGUAUGCAUCACAAGAGCCGUGGCUUUUUGCAGGGUCGGUCCGCCAGAAUAUUUUAUUCGGGCAUGAGUUCGACCGCGAGAGGUAUUUCGAAGUAAUCCGGGCCUGUGCUCUAGUCCGCGAUUUUCAACUGUUGCCCGACGGUGACCAGACCAUUGUUGGGGAAAAAGGGGCGUCGUUAAGUGGGGGGCAAAGGGCGCGUAUUAAUUUAGCACGUGCCGUUUACAAAAACGCCGAUAUUUAUCUACUGGACGAUCCUUUAUCGGCUGUGGACACCCAUGUCGGAAAGCAACUUUUCGAUAAAUGCAUCACGGGUUUCCUUGCCGAUAAGAUCGUGAUUUUGGUCACGCACCAGUUGCAAUUUUUGAGCGAAGUUGAGAACGUCGUGCUGAUGCACGACGGGAAGGUUGAAGCGCAAGGUUCGUACCAGUUUCUGGGCAAUACGGGCCUGGACUUUGCCGAAUUUCUCAAAAACCAACUGGCGGUGGAUGCAGAAGGUGAGCAGGGGCAAAGUGCGACCAAAAUCGAGACCAUCAUGAAAGAUUUGCACAUACAGAGCACGCUCACCAUUAAUGUGAUUGACAAGGAAGGGGAAAGGUAUGCACCCAAGCCGGUGGCCGAAUUAAGAACCCAAGGCUCGGUGGAGUGCUACAUUUACAAGCAAUAUUUCAAAGCUGGCGGCAAAUGUUGGGUCAUAUUUGGCGUGGUUGCGCUGUUUUUAGGAGCGCAAUUUUUUGCCAGCACUGGCGAUUUUUUCCUAGCAUCUUGGGUGGACGUUGAAGAAAUUCGCUCGCGCAACGAAAACGUCCACAAUAGCACUUUAAUCCUCCGCACUUUGGACACGGAUUCAUCAAUUGCCAUCUACUCGGUCAUAAUAAUUCUCACAAUGGUGGUAGCACUGGUCCGUUCAUUUGUGUUUUUCACCGUGUGUAUGCGCGCCAGUAUCAAUUUGCACGACCGCAUGUUUCAGAGUAUAAUAACAGCAUCGAUGCAAUUCUUCAACACUAACACUUCGGGCCGGAUUCUGAACCGAUUUUCCAAAGAUUUGGGCGCUAUUGAUGAAUUAUUGCCGAACGCGAUGAUCGAUUGUUCGCAAAUUAUGUUGAAUUUGCUCGGAGCGGCUGUGGUUGUAACGAUGGUCAAUUAUUAUCUUAUCAUUCCGACACUCGUAAUUUGUGUGGUUUUUUUCUUCAUACGGCGGUUCUAUAUCAAGACGAGUCGCAGUGUUAAACGACUGGAAGGGAUAAGCAGAAGUCCGGUUUUUGCACAUUUGAAUGCCUCAAUGCAAGGAUUGACGACGGUGCGAUCAAAUAAUGCCGAAGAAAUUCUGACUAAGGAAUUUGAUAAGUUGCAAGACGACCAUUCAAGUGCUUGGUUCAUGUUUAUUGCAUGUGCCAGAGCUUUUGGCUAUUGGUUAGACCUGAUUUGUGCGUUCUACAUCGCAAUUAUUGCUUACAGUUUUCUUAUUUUUGACAACACCGGAAGCAAUGUGGGUUUGGCUAUAACCCAGGCGAUCGGUUUAACCGGCCUGUUCCAGUGGGGCAUGAAACAGUCAGCUGAACUCGAAAAUCAAAUGACCUCAGUCGAAAGAGUCCUAGAGUACAUAAAUCGAGUAGAACAUGAGCCGGACUUGAAAUCUAAGCCUGACAAAGAGCCUCCCUCGGAUUGGCCACAAGAAGGCCGAAUCGAAUUCCAAAACCUCGUCCUGAAGUACAAACCCAAUGACCCUCCUGUCUUAAAAAACUUAAAUUUCCAAAUCAACCCUCGAGAGAAGAUUGGGAUCGUAGGAAGGACCGGUGCGGGGAAGUCCUCAAUGAUUUCGGCCCUCUUCCGAUUGGCUUACUUCGACGGUGCCGUAUUGGUCGACGGAGUCGACACGAACGAGAUCGGGUUGCACGAUCUUCGACGGAAAAUAUCGAUCAUACCGCAAGAACCGGUCCUGUUCUCCGGAUCCUUACGAUAUAACAUGGAUCCGUUUCAUAAUUACGAGGACGAGGACAUCGUCAAUGCUUUGAUUGUUGUUGAAAGUAAAGCUGCUCUUUCAGAGGGCGUCGAUUGUUUAAAGCAUCACGUGUCUGAGGGCGGUAUUAACAUCAGCGUGGGCGAACGCCAACUCAUUUGUCUUGCCAGAGCCGUCUUACGAAAUAAUAAAAUUCUGGUGCUGGACGAAGCCACAGCCAAUGUUGACCCACAAACCGAUAAGUUCAUCCAAACUACGAUUCGUCAAAAAUUCGCCACUUGUACGGUGCUAACAAUUGCGCAUCGCCUGCACACUAUCAUGGACUCAGACCGGGUUCUGGUCAUGGAUGCGGGAAAUGCGGUCGAGUUCGACCACCCCCACAUCUUGUUACAAAAUCGUUUCGGUUUCUUAACAUCGAUGGUGGAAAAGACGGGCAAAGCAAUGGCGAGAAACCUCAAAGACAUUGCGAAAGAGAAUUACGAAUUAAAACAAAAAAGACGCGACGACGGUGCACAAUAUCAAUAAUUGUUAAGUUUUUAAAAAAUAAUAAAGUAAGCCUUGGAUUA